AUGAAACAAGGCACGAGUUACUGGCCACGAGCAGACGAUGGCGACCGGAAGCAGGACACGGCCUAUCCUGCCACCCCAACUUCCAUUCCGCAGGAAGCUGCUCAUCGCUACGAGGCAGCAAAUGGGGAGAUUAAAUUGACUCCGAAGGACCUUCAGGGUCGCGAAAAAAUUACAAGCGUAGAGCUUCCAAUUACCCAGGCCCGCAAUCCUAUUUUCCCCUUAAGUCAUCAGCACUCUCCUCCUUGGAACGAGUUCAUCCGAAUCGGAUCUCCUGCUCCCUUGAGGCCGCAAAGUGAUCAAGGGGCCGCUGAUUUGGCUGCUAGUGCUCGAAGACGACAACUUCUCAACGAUCUUGCGAAACCAAGAGGCCUUACCAAGCGGCAAAGUCUCGAGACACACCAUAAUGCCACGCCCACGAGGGAAUAUGCACAUCGAGCGGAAUUGUCUGGUGGUGUCGGUCCUGAAGAUAUCGACAACGGUGGCUGCGUCAACGAGCUGAACACCAUAGAAGAAGUUGCUGCUUGUUUCGGAUAUGACCAUGCUCGUUUCGCACUGAAUGCGCUUGAGAAAAUUGCAUCAGAUGACCCUUUCAGUUUGUUGCGUAUUGAGCUUGUGUUCCGGCAAUGUCCUAGUAGCAGUGAAAGCAGCGGCGGCGCGCCUUCAAAUGGGACGACGGCGGAUUUGUCAAUUCCCUCUAAGAGCUCGCCGGGCAGCGAUGAACGUAAGACGCCUCUUGGUGACGGUGGCGACCCUGAAAAGGAUGAAAAUGACGAGGGCGGGGAUGAUGGAGGAGGGCCGUCCAAACGAGUCAAAAGCGGUUCAGAGGCACAGCUUCGGUGGGAUUGUCCUUUCGACAGAGUACCUUCGGGCGCAGCAGGCAAUGCUGCUGGUUGCGCAAAGGCGGGCUUAUUGUUCAACGAUCUUUGGUUUGUGGUCAUCUGUCCCUGA